GGGACGUCGACGUGGACGAGUGCUCGGAGGGCACGGACGAAUGCCACAUCGAUGCCAUCUGCCAGAACACGCCCAAGUCCUACAGAUGCCUCUGCAAGCCAGGCUUCAAGGGGGAAGGCAGGAAGUGCGAAGACAUCGACGAGUGUGAGAUCGACUCCUACAACGGGGGCUGUGUGCACGAGUGCAUCAACAUCCCGGGGAACUACAGGUGCACCUGCUUCGACGGCUUCAUGCUGGCGCACGACGGACACAACUGCCUGG